UCGCCAUCUAACUGCAAUGCACCACGCAUGCACCUCCAUGCCGUGAGACGCCACCUGCGCGUGUGACCGGUUGGACCUCUCUCCAUGGCGGGCCGCUAUUUCCUGCGGUGCGCCUCGCUGGAGGAGGCUCCUCCAGUGCCAGAGGUCGAAGAGCUUGAGCCGACCAAGUCAGGUCGGAAGAACCUGGGCGUUGAAGGUAAAAUGGGUACAUGAAGACGACACGAAGUCGGUGGACGUUGACCACCAGUGAGCUGGAUCGAGGUCGAUUUGGACACUUCAUUCCCAGGUCUUUCUUUGCCCGAGAUGAUCGAAGUUUCGGGAAGCUCGGCCUUCGCCGCCUAUCCCGCGCUCUCCCCACGUUCCGGGAUGAUGAAGCGGAAGGACGGAGAUCAUUUGGGCAUCAAUGGGGUCUAUGCUCUUCGCGAGCGAUCUCACAAUGGAGCUCCAUGCUGGGUGCAGGUUCAGCCGCCGAGUGGCUCCACAGAGGUGUGGCACAUCUUUCGCGCCGCCGAUGGGCUCUCGUGGGUCAUCGACUCCGAGUUACACGAAGCUGAUCCGGACACUCCCGUGGCAGCACGUCUUCACUCUGACGCUCCGGUGGACCCGAGCUCUGCUGAAGGUCCAUGGGUGCCAAUCUCAGCGCUAAGACUGCGGCCCUUCAGCUGAUUGUGAGGCCUUAGGAGCCUUUUCGAAGGACCCGAUGGACUUCCAGACCGCGGUUCAGCUGGCGGUUUCCACACGUGACGGUGUCAAAGCUGAUCACACAACGCCGCUCAAGAAGUUUGCGGUGUCAAGACGGGCGCCAGGAGCUGAAGAACUUUGUUUCGGAAAAA